AUGAGUCGAUACGAUGUCGUCGUGUACGGAGCUUCCGGAUUCACCGGAGCCUACGUCGUUGAGUGCCUGGCGGCUUCUGAGCAAUUCCAACCACUUUCAUUCGCGGUCGCUGGAAGAAGCGAGGACAAAUUGAGAGAAGUGCUCGCGAGAGCAAGCCAGAAAACCGGGAGUAAUGUGAACGGAGCGCCUGUCAUCAUUGCCGACUCGUCCGAUGCGAGAUCGUUGAACGAGAUGGCCAGACAGGCGAAAGUCAUUAUUAAUGCUGUUGGACCGGUGAGAAAGUGCAUGGUUUUCCUUUUCGCACAAUAAACGCAUUCUUAGUAUCGUCUGCAUGGAGAAGCCGUUGUGAAAGUCGCCGUCGAGAAUGGAGCGAGCCACGUGGACGUCUCCGGAGAGCCAGCGUGGAUUGAGAAGAUGCAGGCCAAGUACGGCGGCGAGGCGGAAAAGCAGGGAGUCUACGUGGUCUCUGCGUGUGGAUGGGACUGUAUUCCUGCCGAUUUGGGCGUCCACUUCCUCAAAAAGAACUUUGGCGGAGACCUGAAUCACGUCGAGUCGUUCGUUCAAAUGAUCAGCGGACCUUCGGGAUACUGUGUGAAUGCGGCCACCUAUCAGACACUCAUUCUGGGUCUGAGCAACCAGAAAAAUGAUCAACUGGGAGAAGUUCGAAAAGCGAUUAUGCCGGAACGGAUUGUGAGAGGAACGGAGAAGGCGCCGAAGAGAGGGAUCAUGUGGCAGAUCAAGGAGAACGAGCUCGGAGGGUACGCGAUUCCGUUUCCGGGUGCCGACCGGUCCGUCAUCAAUCGGUCUCAGUACUACGACGCGACUAGACAGAACAAGCGGCCAGUUUAUGCGGAGACCUACUUCAGAAUGGAAAGCAAGAUGUGGACACGUCUGUUCAUUCUCUGGGCGUUCUUCUUGAGUAUUCUGGUCAAAUACUCAUUCACCCGUGGUAUUCUGCAGAAGUAUCCGGAUCAGUGCAGCUUCAACAUGUUCAAAAGCUCAGGACCGUCGAAGCAGCAAGUGGCGGAGGCCUCCUUCGUCUACUGGUUCUUCGGCUACGGGUACAAAGACGCACUUCCGAUGGAGCAACAGCAUGAUGGGCGUCCCGAUCGGAAGGUGGUUGCCACGUGUAAAGGACCCGACGCCGGGUACAUUGCCACCAGUGGAUGCGUGCUUUCCGCUGCUCUCACUUUGAUCCUUGACCGAGCGCAUCUUCCGAAGCGGUAAGCUUUUGUUCUUGGCAUAACUGUAUGUGAACGUUUUCAGAGGAGGAGUCUACACAACUGCCGCCGCCUUCGGAAACACCAAGAUCUACGAGUAUCUCGCCUCGUUUGGAAUCACCUAUCGGCUGGAAGCAGAGUAUAAUUUGUGAAUGGCUUAGACUCGUAUUUUUAUUGACCGAGUAGGAACACAUUAGCUGUUAUGAAUUAAUUCUAAACUAUAUACGAAUAAAUACAGAAAAAGAUGACAAAAUCAGGGCGUGGUGUGUUCUGAAGUACAGCUCAAACUCACUUUCUGAGACCACUGAUAAGCAGCGUUUUUGAAAGACUAUAAGAGCGGCGAGUGACGAGAAUGUAAAGUUUUUGAGAAUGACACAGAAUUUAUUACUCCUAUUGCUUUUCUUGGCGGUUCGUUCUUGACCUUUAUCGUUCUUCACAUUUUGAACACAACAAUAUUUAGACGUCUUCGAUUGCUCUGCUAACGCCUCAAAAUGUUCAUUUCAAUGAGGCGUUCAAAAGAGGCAAGACAAUCGAUGGGGAGGCGGGCGUGUCUGUCGGAACUAUGUGGCAGAGGCUUAACCAUUUCUCGAGAAAUGAUGAGACAGUAUUCGAGCAGAGAUACUUUUACUCUGAAAAAUACGCGCUCCCUAAUAGAACUGUUGCUUUCCUGUUCCUGUUGGACAACACAAAUCAGGCGGGGGUGUUGACGGACGAUCGAACUCCGUUUGUACGAAUUGCCAAGAAAACUGGAGCGGCUUUGUUUGUACUGGAGCAUAGAUUCUAUGGAAUUUCGAAGCCAUUCGAGUGAGUGAUCCUUUCAGCGAUGCACUAAAUCCAUUCAAGUUUAGAACAUUUGAGGAGCGAAACCUCGGUUUCUUGAACGCACUUCAUGCUGUCAUCGAUGCCCAAGUCUUCAUAGACUUUGCCAACAAACAGUUUGCGCUCGACUCGGAUGUUCGGUGGAUUGUUUGGGGAGCCGGAUACGGAGGAUUCCUGGCGACAAACGUCAGACAAAACUAUCCGGCCAAGGUCGCGGGAGCCAUCGCAAGUUCCGCUCCAUUGAAUCUUCAGUAUGAUUUCUGGGGUUAUUCUGAACUUAAAAACCAACAGCACACAAUGUUCGUCUUCAGAAUUCAAUGAUCACGUCGAGAUGGCCAUUCAGAAGCUGGGCGGGAAUGAGUGUUUUCAGAAGAUUAAGACUGGAUUCACGAACAUUAGGCUAGCGAUGACGUCACCAGAAGGCAGGGACAAUGUAUCGACUGUGUUCCAUUUGAGCCCAAAACUGAACGACACGAAACUGGAAUCGAAUGACAUUCAAAUGUUCUACUCGGCCAUUAUCAACCCUUUUCAGCAGAUUGUUCAGUAUAAUAACGACGUGAAUUUUUUUGGAAGUAUCUAGAAGACUUUAUAUGUUUCAGUUUGGAAUCUCGAUUAACGAUAUGUGCAAAGUGAUACUGAACGACACGAAGACUCCGAUGGAAAGUAUUUAUGCCACGUACGAUUACUUGAGCAUGACUGUCAUCGGAGAAGUCUUGCCGUUGAUGACUUCAUACAAACAACUGGUUCAACAUUUGGAAGACGUCAAAGGAACAAGUUCAUAUAGUGAGUGCUUUACAUGAUGUUUGUUAAAUUUUAUGAAUUGAAGUUGACCAAAGACUGUGGCUGUAUCAAAUCUGCUCGCAAAUCGGAUGGUUUCAAACCACAAACAGCAAAGAGAGCACUUUGUUUGGUGCUGUUCUUCCGACCAGGUACCUUUUCUCUGUCACAACGUCUACACAACUUUUCAGCAUAUUCCUCGAUCAGUGCUUCGACGUUUUCCCAAAUGCCAAACAAACUGCUCCAUUGCUCAGCAGCUCCGUCCAGUUCAACAACGCAAUGUUCGGUGGAGCGGAUGGUUUGUCCGGAUCCAAUUUGGUGUUAACCAAUGGUUUCUAUGAUCCUUGGAGUCGUCUGGGCAAAACUGUGUCGGCAGCGGAGUCCGUGGUCACUUAUGUGCUGCCUGACGGCUCUCAUGCAAGUGAUUUUUUCCCUCGGGACACAAAUGAUAUUCACGUGGAGCAGGCUCAUCGGAUCAUGCUUGAAAACAUUGAGAAAUGGAUUAAAGAGCCGAGGAACCGUUUUGAAGAAAAUUUGGUAAAGAAGGCAGUUGUUCAUCUGAAAGGGAAGAUGAGACCAGUUGUAGAAGGGGCAAAUCGAUUUGGAAAAUUUGAAGAAGUGUCCAAGAAACGAUUCGCAACUAGCACAAAAGUCUUUAAUAGAAGAACAGUGUUAUUAGGAAGACUUUCUGAUGGAUUACUGCCACAACCGAACAGUUCGGACCUUUCGUCGUCAGUGGAGACGAAGACUUUCAAUCAGAACAUCGAUCAUUUCAAUGAGACGGACACGCGAACUUUCCAACAGGUGAAAUUGCUUUUCAUUUCACUUCCAAUGAGUUGCAUUUUUCAGAAGUUCUUCAAAAACACGCGAUGGGCUCGACCAGGAGGGCCAAACUUUCUGCUCAUCGGCGGGGAAACGGCAGCUUCUUCAGCCUGGGUCACCUCCAGUGAUCUUCCAUGGCUCCAACUGGCUCAGACUUACGGAGCAACAGUCUAUAUGCUCGAGCACAGAUACUAUGGAGACAGUAUUGUUGGGUACGGAUCUUGUGCUCCCUCACAUGUUAUCACUGUCUUUUUUCAGUGAUAACAAAGAUUUGUCAUUUCUGCGAUCGCUACAAGCGGUUUAUGACAUUGCUGAGUUUGUGAAUCAUGUGAAUCAAAACAAGAGAAGCUCUCAAAAAUGGGUCACAUUCGGAGGAUCUUAUUCAGGAUCCUUGUCCGCGUGGGCACGUGAACUCUUCCCGGAACUCAUCAACGCAGCAGUGGCCUCAUCAGCUCCAGUCCAGACGAAAACCGACUUCUUCGAGUACCUUGUAGACACGGAGAAAGCCAUCCGAUUCUACUCCUACCACCAAAAUGACCAAUGUGCCGACUCCAUUUCAAACGGCUUCCACUCUAUUCAUCAGAUGCUUCUCACUUCAAACGGACGGCGCAAUCUCUCGGCCAUCUUCCAUUUGAAUCCGGGGUUCGGAGACGUCGUCACUCUCACAGAUCAACACUACUUCUACAUGAAUCUGAUAUCCGAUUUCCAAGCGGCCGUACAAUAUAACAGAGUGAACGUCGGACGGUUUGCUGGCGGCUAUGGAGUCGGAGAGAUGUGUCAGAUUAUGAGCAGCACGGAGCACAGUGACCUGGAGAACAUUGCCAGAUUUGUAGAGUACAUGUCCGAUGGAACUUUCGAGAUGAACAAUCGUUAUCUGGACCUGGUGGACUACCUCCGAACUCCUGGAUCCACUGCGGCCGAGUCGGAUCGCUUGUGGACGUGGCAAACGUGCACUGAACUCGGCUACUUCCAGUCAGCAGACAGUGGAAACGGAAUAUUCGGUUCAGAAAUGUCGCUCAGCAUCUAUGCCCAACUGUGCGGGGAUGUUUUCGGAGAAGACUACGAUCGUGCACGAUUGGACGCGAAUGUAAAGACGACGAACACAAACUACGGGGGAAAUAUGAACUAUCAGGUGACUCCACGAACUUUUUCUUCAAAGGGACAAACUAUUAUGUUUAGGGAACCAACACAAUCUUUCCGAUUGGCGCCCAGGAUCCGUGGGCUUCACUCCAAAUGACGUACUCCAGAAACGAGACUGCAAUUUCAUUCCGAAUGAAUGGCGCCGCCCAUUGUGCAGACAUGUUCCCGGAAAGACCACAGGAUGCGUAUGAUGUGACACGUGUGAGGAGGCUCAUUGAGCGUAAUGUUGGCAAAUGGAUCGGUGCGGAGGCGACUAGCACAUCGCAAACUUUUGAAACGUCGACAAGGUCUGGCGCUGUGAAAUUUCUCAUUGUAUCGUUCCUGGCGUCCGCUCUUUAUGCCAUUUUUGUUUGAAAUGAAUAAAUGAAUAAUAAAGUCUAAUUGAAGCCCUCAUGAUGACUAAAAUAACAGAAAACAUAAUGUGUGUGUGUGUUGUCAUCGGAAAUGCACCUGCAGUAGCCCUUAGAAUAGGCAAAACUCGGUGCCAGUUUGCAUUUCGGCGGCAAUGUGCUCGCCACAAUCCUUCGGCUUUCUAUCGUCUCCAGAAUCGGUCACAAACGCGUUCCACGUGAUCGCCUGCCUCGAAAUCCCAAUUCACAUCCUCGGAACGUUUUGCGUCAUCCGGAAAACUCCGCAGAAAAUGGCGAAUGUGAAGCGGAGCAUGCUCAUUUUACACACUUCCGGAGUGAUUCAAGAUGUUCUGAUUAGCUCCCUGACCAUUCCCUACGUAAUGUUUCCAUUGUUCGUGGGAAGACCUUACGGUCUUUUGAGUGUAUUCGGAGUUCCGAUUGCACUUCAAGUAUACUUUGUGGUCGUUUCUCUAGCCUGUGAGCGUUUCUAACUUUUGCGGCAUGAGUAAUGCGCAGAUUUUCAGUCACAGGAGUUUGUAUAUUGUCCGUUUUCGAGAACAGAUACUACCGAUUGUUCAAUGAUCACAACUGGGAGCCGGUGCGCAGAUAUUAUCUAUCCAUCAACUAUUUUCUAGUGUUCACAUUCUUCACAUAUCCGAUGCUACACAUUCCAGAACAGGAGUUUGGUAGAAGUGAAAGCGUAAAGGUUGUUGUUGCUGGUCGCCAAAUAAUAUUGUAAACUUUCAGAUACAACCUUGCAUAACCGCGGUACGUGGCCUAGAAUAUCACGACAUUUACGUGUUCUCGCUGAACCCAAUGCACUGCAUCGCAAUCAUCACAGCAAUGCUAACUUUUGUGAUUUCACAAAUCGUCGCACUCUUCCUCAUCAUCUAUCGCAAACUUAUCGCGAAGCAUCAACAACUAUCCCGGAGAACUUAUGAGCUUCAGAAAAAGUUUGUGAAAGCGUUGUUCGUGCAGUUUCUGAUAGCAGUGCUCAUAUUCGCCAUUCCAAUUCUAUGCAUCCUCUACACUGUCCUACUCGACAUUUACAAUCAAAGUACGCCGGUGUUCUCGACUCUGAUAGCCUUUACACUUUGGCAGGUAUAAACAAUAUCUGCUGCCUCCUUUUCUCCCUCUACGGACCGUUCUCGACGGUGGCCAUGAUCUAUUUGCAUCAACCGUAUCGCGAUUGGAUCAAGCGACUCUUUGUGAAGCAUCAUCGGAAAUUGACACUUUCGCAGGCGCUCGCGGAACAUUCGUGA